AUGCGCUACUUGUCACGAUGCCCACAUCGGCUGAGGAGCAUACCUGCAUCGGGCAAUAAUGUGAGCAGUUACGUACAUGGAUUCCCUACAGUGCUCUCUGGUCCACGAAAUAUCCACGGCCUGCAUUUCGGACGCGCAAUCCCGGAUACAACACGGAACAUUCGUGCAUCGUGGUUCUGCUCGACCAGUGCCAGAGUGGUCGACGGCCAGGCCGUCUCCACGUGGCUGGAUAACGCCAAAACGUGGUCAGAUGCUUUCAGGGCGUAUCAGGGGGUAACGUUGGAACAUGGGUUUCCCCGCCCUGAUGACCUCACCAAGAAGUCUGAUACGGUUGUGCAUAAUCAGCCUAAAUCCGACCUAAAGAAGCGUUUAAAGUUAGCUGGCAGGCAGUUGGCGGUUUUGGUAGAUAACUGUGACCCAUAUUCUGCGAGAUCUCUAUUAGCCUGUCUUGUCGAUAUCAGCAGGACGUGCAAAUGCCCCGAGCUACAUAUCGGUAUCAUCAAGGCGAUUCUACAGGAGCUGCAAACAAACAGGGAUAGGUCCAAUAGGGACGACAGCUCUGUUGACGGAUCGGCGUUAUCUGGCCUCGUGGGGGCCGAACGAAUAAAAGAACUCAUCAAGGAUGAGAAAACGGUAGCGCUGCUGUUGGCCAGUUUGCGGGCCUAUGAACUGCGUCAACCCCCUAAAACAGUUGUAGAUGACCUCAUAAGCGUCGUGAAUGUAAACGUGUACCGGUGGAAGCCAUUCCAGUUGGUGGAGGUUUGCCGAGACCUGGCGUGGAUGUACCGAUUCUGCGAAAAGGAGCGGUUUGGAGCGCUUCUGAGAAAAUGCGCGUCACUGGUUUGUGAAGGAUUCGGUAAGGAGGGCAAGACGGCGACAAGAAGACAAAUAAUGACGUUGAUGAAGGCGGUGAGUGUCCUGGGCCACGAGUCAACACCCAUUUCCACCGGUUUGAACAACCUGAUUUCGACGCUAAUCGAGUCCGAAAAUAAGCACACUGAAGACGACGUUGUGAAGCAGCUAAACUUGCGUUAUAGACGAGCGAAAGGGAACGUGCAUAUGCUCAACGUGGCCCUCGUCAGCGGGGCGCGCAUGGACACCGCCCUAGUCAACGCGCUGCUGGAGAAUGUCAUGGAGUUCUGCGUCAGCUACUUCUCCGCCACAUGCCGAGUCUGGCAGCUCAAGACCGAGCAUGUUGGCGCUCACGACUACAACAGCAUCGAUCCGAGGGUCGCGCAACUGCUUUAUGCGAAGUGCACAAACAAGGUGCUGCGGGCGCCAGGGUCGCUCGACCCUGCAAACAACCCCGAACCCAGGUACCCCAAGCUCGAAGAAUGUUACCAAGCGGUUGUGGCGGCCCUGGGCAGGCUUCUGGAAGCCGGAAAACUAGCCUUCUGCCGCGGGCUCAAGCUGUGCGAGGCGAGGCUGCGGGUCAUCGACCGGGCCGUCUACAAGGGCCUCAACGACCGAUCACGCACCUUUUUGAAAGCAGUUGCGUGCUUCAAACUGGAGGACCCGCAGCCAGCUACCAGCGACGAGCUUUACAUGGCGCUGAGGCAGCUCGGGUACCGCCCCGUGCCGCUGAUGGUCCAGGGCACCUUCCAGGUCAACUGCAUCGACCGCAAGCGCCGUCUAUACUGCGAACUGUGUAACGAUAAGGAGGCCAGACUGUUGCGAGACGGUGCCAGAGUCGUGUACAAUACUGCCACCGACCUCAAGAUGAGGUGCCUCGACGCCGCUGGCUGGCGUGGAACCAUCGUCCGUAUGGCCGAAUGGCGUCCACUGCCGGAAGGCGAACGGGUCGCUCUUCUGCGCGACAAACUUAGCAAACUAAGCGUGAAAACUUAA